GUCAGAACAAAAUUUAUCAUGUCUGGAUAUCUAAGUAUCCAGCAGUCAUCUUCCUCAUCAUUUUUGCCAUGUUCUUCGUCCACUUUCGCAUCCACACGUUCUUCAUCAUCGUCGCCCUCGUUUUCAAGGAACCAUCAAAAUGAGAUUCAAAUGUCAAAUAAUAAGGAUCCUUACAAAUUCGAAGCGAGUAGGAUUUUGAGUGGAAUGUACGGUCUUGUUAUCACGUUGGUGGGAAUUGGUAUCAUUAAUGCUGCGGUUAUUAUUCCUCUCAAGACUUCCAGUAAGUCAGUGUCAUCAGAUUCACCAACGCCUCAUCCUGGACUCAAUGCAAUAUACAGUAACAGCUAUCUGGUAUUUUUAUCAGCGAUUGGCCUGCUUUUUAUGUUGCCUACUUUUGCUUAUGAUGUUUAUCUUUAUCGUAUUUAUUCUACGUCCAUUAUUGGUAACACAUCAAGCAACACGUUGAAAGCUGCAAACCGUCUUUUUGGAGUUGCCGCUGUGAUAUACACGAUUAUGACUUUAGUGACUUUGCUUUAUAUAAUACCAUACAACAUAACAUAUGAGGGCAUCACGUGUGUGUGUUUUUAUUUUGCUCAACUCAUCUAUUUGGAGAGAUAUUCCCAAGUGUGUUUCAGAAAAUGUUUAAUCUAUAAAAGGUUCGGCAUCAUGCACCUACUGUCCACAAAUAUUGUAUUCUGGUGUGACAUUGUUGUUUAUGAUACAAAGGAAGAUUAUUAUAACCCUGGGAUUUACCCUUCUUUUAACUCAUCUGCACAAGAUGAUGAACACCUUAUCCUAUCGUAUCUCGGUUCUGCAAGAACAUAUGUAGGAGCAUUUGCCGCCGAGUACUGUUUAAUAGCAGUGUGUCUCUUAAGAAGCAUGUGGAGUAAUGUAGGACGAACAGUGAUCAGACGAAACACCGAGAACAUCUCAAAGCACACAUACCCCAUUAUGAAAUCGUUGUACGGGAUUAUAGCGGGCGUGCUAGUACUUAGUGUUAUUAUAGCUCUUUUGGUAUGCGUGUUCGUCAAGGAAUUUUGUGGGUAUUAUUUUGAGGUAUCGGUUGUUGUUUAUGGUGUGGUUUCCGUUUGUUCUUUGAUUUGUGUGAUAAACACAAAUACUUUCGAAAAAAGAGAAGGCGAAGGCGGCGCAAAACCAGAGGAAUUAACUUCAAGUGUCAUAUACGAUGGAGUUCUGUUAAUGUUUUGUCUUAGUUUCUUUAUCUUACAGACAAUGUAUACGACAGUUUCAUUUUUUAUCGGAUACAAAACAACACACAUGCAACAUGGCUAUUUGCUUUUUGUUGCAAUUUGGCUUUACUUUCUCUUUCCCAUAUUUCAGACAGUUCUGAUAAUUAUCUGGCAAACACAUUCAAUUGACCGAUCAAGACGACAUCGUCUUAAUAUGAAUUUGUUAAUAUUCCUAUCAAUUUCAAAUUUUGCAUUGUGGAUUGGCGAGCAUUAUGAACUAAAACUCGUGGCCUUAUUCAGAACAGAGGCACAAUUAUAUGGAAAAUAUAUGUGGUACAUAAUACAUCACAUUACUGGCCCGUUCCUGAUUCUUUACUUUUUCCACUCAAGUGUUUGCCUGUUUGAAAUCUGGACAUUAUUUGGUUCAAUGUAUUAAUUUAUAUAAAAUGAGGUGAAGCAAGAUAAAAAUUAAUGUUUAUUGUAAUAUUCUUUAAACUUAGGUCUAUUGUACAUUUAGGCUGUAAUGAACCCAUGUGGAAUGAUUUAAACUAAUUGCAUUAUGCGUGCAUGUACAUUUUACAGUAUAAACUAAUUAGUAUUUGAUUUUAGGAGAACAGUUUGUAAUCAGCAUAUUACUAGGCCUAUUAUACAGUAGAAUCCUUACUAAUGGGACACAUUGGGGACCAACAAUGUGCCCCCUUAAUAGGAGUGUUUCCUGAACAGGGAUAGGCCAAAAUGUUAAAAUAUUUACGUUUUCUCAAUAUUCAGGCAAAAAAAAGAGUUCCCAUGUUAAUAGGGGUUCUACUGUAUUUAGAGUAUAAAAACUGCAAUCGCCUAGGUUUUAUAAGUAAUAAUAAUUACAGCAAUAGUUCUACUCAAUUCAAAUAUGACAGAAUGUAUAUUACACGGGACGCUUAAAGAAACAUCAGACCCCUCCAAUGAAUUGAGAUCUCUCCGUCAAAACACUCAUAGUAAAUGUGUUGCUACUCAGACCGAGCAAUAACGGGGUGGGAAUAGGCAAAUUGAAAAUUUUAAUUUACAGGGACAAAAUAAUGUGAAUUUUGUAUUUGUAUAAAAAAUAAGUGCACUAAAACCUCUUAAAGAUAUUUCAAAGGAAUUUAGCUAUUUAGAGCGCGUAUCCUUAGAUCUAGAAAGUAAUUUUUUUUUUUUGCAAAUUAUGUUCUUGUAAUAUAAAGAAACAGUCGAUCAUAUUUUCACUUAAUUGCGUGUAAUGGAUCAAUAUAGACAUUAUUUGUCUUUGAUAAUCUUUACCACCAUACCAAACAGAGCAUCGUGAACUAUUAUAGAAGACUAGGACGUGCAUGGACAUUUGGAACUAAAUGUUAUGAAUCCAUGUCGGCAUUACCAUCUAUGAUGCUUUAAUAGUAUUUUAACAUGAGACUCCCACUU